AUGGCAGUCUUUACCAAGAACAGCGUUGUUGCCGUGUGCUUGGGGGCUCUCAUGCUCAUGGCGACCCUUCAUCUCUCCUCGGCAGGUUCAGUCUAUGUUGGAUGUUUCGAGCCACACCAGAACUGCUUCCCAGAUGAGUGUCAGAAGACAUGCGCGGACAAUGUUCCUGGAAAGAAUCUGAAAGGUUCCUGUGAGCCGGAGCAUGGCCCACUAAAACCGUAUCCCGCGAUUCAGUGUUGUUGCUAUAGAGACCCUCCGGUCAUGAGUAACAUGGGCGCUUAA